AUGGCCACACACCUCCUCCCAGCUCACAGGGAUGCUCAGGGUGAAUGGGUUCUGAACGAGGAGCGCCUUGGGCGAGACCGGGGAGAGGAUCAGCGCGGUCCACCCGCCUUCCAGCUUCCCAAAUCAUCUCCCGCAGCGGCUUUUAGUCCCUUUCCUCCGGUGAUGUGCCCACGUCCUGCUCCGGAGAGCGCGGCGGGAGCCCGCCUGUGCCGGCCACUCGCCCGGCCGGAGGCUGCGCCCUCGGUCACGGGCAGCGGGGGCUGCGAGCCGGGACCCUGCCAGGGGCAGCGAGACACACACGCGAGGAAAAGGGACCCCCUUCCCGGACCCGACCGGGGCCACCCCGGCUCCAGCAGCCGCCCCCGGCGCGGGCACCCUCCUCCCGCCCCAGCCCGGCCGCGUCCCCGCCGCCGGUACCUCCGCAGGGCACGGCAGGGCGGCCCGGCCGUCGCCUCCCGCUGUCCCGGCCGCUGCUCCGCUCCGCUCUGCCCGCCCGGCCCCAGCCCGCCGCUUUAUGGCCGGGAAGGCGGUGCGAGCCGUCCCCCGCCCGCCCCGGGACCGCCUCCCGCCCGCCAGCCCCAUCCCCCGGGAGCCGCCAGCGCUGCGGCCGCGGAGCCGCCUGUGUCCCGGCUCUGGCAUCCCCCAAAAACACACGCCCUGGAGGAGGACGAGGAUGUGCAGCCCCUCCACCCACUGGUGACCCGAGAGUCCACUCGAGAACUCACCAAGCAAACCGUUUCCUCUUCUAAGGCUUCUCACGACUCAAGUCCCGCCAUUUAUCCUCAGCAAGACGUGGCUGGAGGUGUGGUGCAGCUCACAGUGACUCCAUCACUUGCUGUUGUGUUGGGUAUCACCAUGGCUUCUCUUUGGAGCUCACUGGAAAAAGAUGUCUUCAACCCACAGAAGAAGAGGCUGCUGGAAACCAUUCGUGUCUGGAAGAUGGGGAAGAAGAAGAAGAUGUCCAUUCUCUGUGUUGUGGUGGACACCUUCAGGCCAAUGCAGCCGUUUCUGGUGAAGGUCAAGGUAGACCGAGGAGAGCAGUACAAGGUGGCCUACAAGUGGCCUCUAGCAGAGCUGAAGCUGGUAGAUGGCAAGACUCUCAGUCAGACAGGCCUGGAUUUUGAUCUGCAGUUUGACAAGGUUUACAAGUGGACUGCUGGCAGCUUUGAUGAGAAGAAAACCUUCAUCAGAUGCUUGUGGAAGCUGAACCACCGCUUCCUCGCCCACUCUGUCACGUUUGUGAAUAUCCCCUCCUGUGUGGUGGAAGGGAAACAAAGGCCCCAAGAAGACAGGAAGGACACUGUGGGGACUGAGAGCCAGGAGGAGCUCAGUGUGUACCAGGAGAUGACACCAAAGGAAGCUGCUGACGUGUUGAAGCUGAUGGAGGAGUACAAGCCCCUUGUGAACAACUCUGUGGCCUUUGCAGAGCAGCUCAGCAACGAUCUCCAUGUGCUGGAUGAGGCCAACCUUAGAGCCAUUAUCUCCUCUGAGAAGCAGGUGACACAGCUGAUGGGCUCUAUCGACGAGGCCCUGGCAGAGGUGGCCAGAGUGGAAGAGACCUUGCAGAUCUAUGAUGAGUUACUGGGCAGUGUGAAGCAGCAGAUGGACCACAUCCACCAGGAGAAUUCCUUGCUGCAUUGCAUCCUGUCCAACAGGACCAGGCUGAUGGAUGAGAUCCUCUUCCUCACGACCCACCUCAACCUCAGCAGGGAACACUGUGAUGCCCUGAGCAGGGCAGAUCUUUCCAACCCCACCAAAGUGAAAGCCUGCAUCGCUGCAGCAGAAGCUUUAUCUGGCUGCAUGAACAUCCAGAUACAUCCUGGUUACAGGAAGCUGCAGGCUGUGGCUGAGCAGCUGAUCAUGUUUGAAACCCUCAAGCAGAACUUUGAAAACGCUUUCAUCAGUCACAUCACAAACAUCUUCCAGCUGCAGGGUAAUGCUCAGGUCCCUGCUCUUGGUCAGCCCAUUGGCAAGCUUUCUGCACCAAGCCAUGGACUCCACCAUGAGGAACUGAUGCCCUACACCCCACUCAUGGCCUGGCUGAAGAACGCCAACCCAGUUCUGUUCUGUGAUCUCCCCAAGGUCUACGCCCAGAGCCUCAGCAGACUCUAUGACCGGGAAAUCAAAGCCUUCUUUGAAGAAGCCAAAACUUUCUUGUUAGGAAGAAGAAAAGGAAGUCUUCAGGAAAGCUUAGAGAGGCCGAUGGCAAUGGGGAGCAGGCAGCAGUCACGAUGGAGCCUCUCUGGGAGCAGAGAAAGCCAGGACGACACCUCAGGCAUAGGCAACAUCAUCAAGAUGCUGGAGCAGGUGCUGAGGGAGCUGCAACCCCUUUGCACUGCAGAGCAGCAGUUCAUUGAGAAGUUCUUCCAGCUGAGCCCCACUGCUGCAGAUCUGCAGGGGCUGGAGGCAUCUGCCACUAGAGAAGGAGAGAGCAUGGUGACUCCAGAGGACCCUCCUUGUAACAAGCCCCGCAGCCAACCAGAAGAACCUACAACCCAGGUGCUGUGUGAGCUCUUCAGCUGUCUGGAACCCGAGCUGAGAGGAUUUCUAGAUGUCUGCAAUAAGGUGCAUCCAUUCGGCUGCCUGCAGGUCCUGGUUACCCUGAAUGACUCCAUCUUUGAGAUGUGGGACUCUUCCUCAGCUCUCCCUUCAUCCUUCCUCAACACUGCCCUGGGCAACAUGCUGCUCCUGGCCAAGAGCAGCUUCAACAAGUGCAUUGGGACCUUGUGCAAAGAGAUUGAGGAGGCAAAGAUGCCCAGCAAGAUGAAAGGUGGGAUCCUGCCCUCUGUGAGCCGCUUUGAGGAGUUUGUGACCUUCUCAGAGGAGGUGUUCAGGGCAGCCCGGCGGAGAAGGGAGCUGGACAAAGCCCAUCUGCGGCUGGCCGGCAGCGUCUUCAGCAGCAUCAAUAGUCUGCCCUCAGCAAACCUGAAAGUGAACACAGACAUGGUCAUGAUGGAAAAUUUCCACCACAUUCACUGCUUCCUGUGCCAAAAGGAGAUCCACUGCCUGGAGGGCAAGAAGAGAGAAGCCCAGCAAAGGUAUAGUGAGCACUUGGAGAAAUAUGUCAUCAAGUACCUGGGCCAGCCACUGGAGAAGCUCAAUCACUUCUUCGAGGGUGUGAAAGCCCGUCUGGCUCAAGGGGUGAAAGAAGAGGAGGUCAGCUUUCAGCUGGCCUACAGCAAGCAAGAGCUGAGGAAGGUCAUUGAAAAAUACCCUGGCAAGGAAGUAAAGAAAGCCCUUGAGACCCUCUACAGGAAAAUCCACAAGCACCUCUCCCCGGAGGAAAAGCUUUUGCCGGUGGUGUGGCAAGCAAUGGAGCAGGAGCUCAUACAGCAGUACCAGGAGUUUGAGGAUCUGAUCCAGCGCUGUUAUGCGGGGUCAGGGAUUGCCAUGGACUUCACCAUGGGGGACUUGCUGAACUACUUCAGCUCCAUCACUCUGUCCAACAUGUAG